AUUGUCUCCAUUACCCUUACAACGAUACAUCUAGGAGGUUAACUUUCAGGAACGAGGAUGACCCAGUCGCCUUCCUCUGAAUUCCACCGCUCUAGCAUCUCUUCCCCCAUCAACGGGAACACCACCCACACCUCUUCCCUCUGUCCCCUCCCAGCUCGGGAGCACGCAUACAUUCCCACCUUCGCCUUCAUAGGCAUAUGCAGUGCUUUCAGCGCCUUCAGCCGUACAGAACGGAGGGACAUCGACGGUAACAGCUUGGCUUUCGCUGUUCUCCCCUGGGGAGGCAAUGUUGCACCCGUCGGGGGAUGGGGUAGACAGCCCAAGUUGAGAGAAACAGUCCGCCCCGCCAGGGAGCUCUUCGCAUCGCCGCCUGGCAGUCCAUGUUUCUGGCACAGUUCCGCCCACCUCGAAUGUUCGGCGCACCUCUCUUCCUCCCUCUUCCCCGGCUCGGAACGUACAACCCAAGCCAAGUAAAACCUCUCCGAGUCUGUACGCUCGCUUGGUGUGAGAGGAGUACCGUCAAGCUGGGUAAGACUUGGGAGUUGCGCGAUGACGAGUGGCCGGUACGGCCCUUGAGCGAGGGAGGUUGAGGUGAGCCGGAGAGAUGGGAGAUGCGGGAGGGAGAGGGCGAGGGUGGGGAGGGACGGC